AUGGAGAAUGUGAACCUUAUGAAGAGAGAUGAUAUAGACAGCUAUACUUGCAGCAGUUGGUGCAGAUUUCCGUUAUAUGAAUCGAAUUUUGGAUGGGGAAAGCCAGCAUGGGUCUUCAUCCCUAGUACAGAUCAGAAGAACCUUACUGUAUUGCUGGAUGCAAGAGAUGGCCAUGGAAUUGAAGCCUCCUUAACUUUCAAGGAAGAAGACCUGGCCAUAUUUGCAAGCAAUGAGGAGCUCUGCGUCAAUAUGCAACUUUGA